ACAGCCUGCGAGCCGGCUGGUCCAUUCCCGUGGAAACCACGCGUGCCUGGGAGCCGGCAGCUCUUCUACUUGGCGGUGCGGUUUCUUUUGUGGCUCUGAGAGCCGCUUAUGAAUGAAUGAUGUGUCAACGUGUGCCUCCCUGAGGCCAGCCACCAGGGAGGGGUAACCCUGCCGAGCAAGCAGGGCGGCGGGGGGGAGGGCAGAGGACGCCGACGGGAACCUGGGGACCUCGCAAUGCUGCAACUGGCUCGACCCCUACAUGCAGUUUUUGAAAUCGGCAAAACAGAAAUCAAAUUACUAUCGCGCUAUGCGGGUGGAAGCUCAAGGAGAAGGGACUGUGUACCGGCUUAAUUAUUGCGAGAGAUGGGGCAACUCACAGAACGGCAGUGUGUCGGAGGUGCGGAUCCUGAAGACAAACAAAUGAACACAUUUUUUCUCCCCCGAACGCUCAAAACUCUGCAACCUCUAUGCUCAAAGUUCAUUCUGCUUUUUUUGACCUUGUUUUGGAGAAAGCAAUGAAACGAAACAGAGGACUCUACUAAAAUUGUGAAGAAGGGACACAUAAAUUGUCACUGCGGUUCUUGAACUCUAUGGCAAUCAUGGGAGGGAAAGGGCCAGUCCACAGAGCCCCGCAGGUCCACCGGCCUCAGGGUGACUGAGCCUGGGGACGUGAAAAUGGAUGGUGAGCACAGCCUAUACCUCCUUAGUUUUCCUACACUUCAUCUGCUGCAAGUUCCGGCGUAGCCAUGGAUUUUCUUUGUGAAGAAAACACUUCUCUGAGCUCGAGUACGAACUCCCUAAUGCAACCGAAUGAUGGCACAGGGUUCCACAGUCACAGCUGUCACUCCGGGGAAGCGAACACUUCAGACGCGUUCAACUGGACGGUGGACUCGGAAAACCGCACCAACCUUUCCUGCGAGGGCUGCCUCUCGCCACCCUGCUUCCUACUGCACCUCCAGGAGAAAAACUGGUCCGCCCUGCUGACGGCCGUGGUGAUCGUCCUCACCAUCGCGGGAAACAUACUCGUCAUCAUGGCUGUGUCCCUAGAGAAAAAGCUGCAGAACGCCACCAACUACUUCCUGAUGUCCCUUGCCAUAGCUGACAUGCUGCUGGGUUUCCUUGUCAUGCCUGUAUCCAUGUUAACCAUCCUGUAUGGUUACCGGUGGCCGCUGCCCAGCAAGCUCUGCGCGGUCUGGAUUUACCUGGACGUGCUGUUCUCCACGGCCUCCAUCAUGCAUCUCUGCGCCAUCUCGCUGGACCGCUACGUCGCCAUCCAGAACCCCAUCCACCACAGCCGCUUCAAUUCCAGAACGAAGGCAUUUCUGAAAAUCAUCGCUGUUUGGACCAUAUCCGUAGGUAUCUCCAUGCCAAUACCCGUCUUUGGGCUUCAGGAUGAUUCCAAGGUCUUUAAAGAAGGGAGCUGCCUCCUCGCCGACGAUAACUUUGUCCUGAUCGGCUCCUUCGUCUCGUUUUUCAUCCCCUUAACCAUCAUGGUAAUCACCUACUUUCUAACGAUCAGGUCGCUGCAGAAAGAAGCCACUCUGUGCUUGAGUGACCCCGGCGCACGGGCCAAGCUGCCUUCGUUCAGCUUCUUGCCGCAGAGCUCGCUGUCCUCGGAGAAGCUCUUCCAGCGGUCCACGCAGCGGGAGCCGGGCUCCCACGGCCGCAGGACCAUGCAGUCCAUCAGCAACGAGCAGAAGGCCUGCAAGGUGCUGGGCAUCGUCUUCUUCCUGUUUGUGGUCAUGUGGUGCCCUUUCUUCAUCACCAACAUCAUGGCCGUCAUCUGCAAGGAGUCGUGCAACGAGGAGGUCAUCGCCGCCCUGCUCAAUGUGUUCGUCUGGAUCGGGUACCUGUCCUCGGCGGUGAACCCGCUGGUGUACACGCUCUUCAACAAGACCUACCGCGCGGCCUUCUCGCGGUACAUUCAGUGCCAGUACAAGGAGAACAAAAAGCCUCUGCAGCUGAUCUUGGUGAACACUAUCCCAGCCAUGGCCUACAAAUCCAGUCAACUCCAAAGGGGGCGCAAAAACAACUCAAAGAAGGACGCCAAGAUGACCGAGAACGACUGCACCACGAUGGUCCCUCUAGGAAAGCAGAACUCCGAAGCUGCUCCCACGGAACCUGUCAGCGCACUGAACGAAAAGGUUAGCUGUGUGUGAUGGACCAGUUGCCGUGGCAACCGUGGAGGGCACGCUGAACAGGUUUCCCCCUAUCAGGGGAGGAGAAAAAGAGAUUAUAGGGAGAACUGGAAAAGAGUGAGGCAGGUCUCGCGAAACCAACAGUCCUAUCUGGAUGCCUCACUUUAUUCCGUGAAAAGCAGGGCCAAGUGCCGGAAAACGUGCACUUAAAAAAUGUUCCGACAGCGUUUCGACUGUGAGCUUUAUGACACUUCUUUUUAACAUUGUAAAUGAUAUGUCUUUAAAAUAAUUAGCUUUUGUUGUUUAAUGAUAAUGAGGCCACAAAUAAGUCUAAAAUAACUCCUAUUUUCCAGUCAAAUCCUGGCUAUUAUUAUGUUGUUAAUUGAUGGCAAUGAGUUGGUCACCUACUGCUGUAAAUAAAAAUAGCUAGAAAUAGUGAAAAGUCGGUGCAUACAAUGGCCUCUUAAAGAAAAAUGCUCUUUACACAUUUACCAUGGUAUGUAUUUAGAACAACAACAAAAAAUAAGUCACUAAGAACAGUGUUAUAAAGUCGGUCUUGCUAAGAUAAUUAAGUUCGAUACUUGACAACUUUUCCAUUCCAGCCUUUUUCUAGAUGCCACUUUGAAACGUUCACAAAGCUGCUGGCAUCUGCUGCAUUUCAGGUCCACGCUUCCCAGAAGUGAAAAAGCUUUUCACUGCUGUUUCAUCACUAUUGCUGCUUUCUCUCCUGCUACCUGUGCUUCACUCUGAAGUUCAAAGGCAGUCUUGUUUACUGUUUGCCCUAUAGCUGCCCUAUCAAAGGGAUAAUUUCUCACAUCACCAAAUACAUUUCCAGAAACUGCUUCUCCUACGCAGCGCCACAGAGGCACUGGGUACCUUGCUCUCUACGACGCCACCAUGCACGCACUCUCUGAGCAUCAAGGUCACCCUGUCAGGGGGACUGAGGAGUAAACUCAGGGUUUUGGCUACUGACAGCAAUAGCGUCUUAGAACAUCUCUACAGUGCAGAUGACCUUCCUGUGGGCACCCGCCAAUCAGGUAAACCAAUGCUUUCGGAAUAAUCAGUCUGGAUCAUUUACUGUUAGCUUUGGGCUCACCAUUCUCUACGGAGUGUACACUAUCUAUGAAGUCAUGUCCUAGGUGCUCAGGAUAUAAAAAAAAAUACUUAAAGUAAGAUCUUUGCCUUUAAAGAAAAUGACCUAAUUGGAACAGUCCUUGGCAAAAAUAUUAACAGACAUAGUUUGAGAAUCAAUUCAAGUUAUUUCUUUCUGACCUGGUUCAGAAAGUGGUUUGCUUCUACAGCCGAGAGUGGUUUUCUCAAUGAGUUUCCUGAUUAAUUGCCAAUGAAUAUCGACCCCACACAGGAGAGGGAAAAUAUCACUUGAAGUCAAAAUUUGCAAUUAGUUUAGAGAUAUGCACUUCAACCUGGACCCAACCUGUGACUACCAAAGUUUUGAGAAAACUUUUUGCUCUACUUCCUGAUUUAUUCCCCACUGACACUGGACUCCCUAAUUAAAAAACAAACAAACAAACAAACAGUGAUAUCAUGUUUUCUGUUGAAUGAGAAAUAGUUUUUUACUCUACGCCAUUUGAAAAAAUUAAAAAACUAAAAACUAAGAAACAUGGGAGGUGCCACUGUGUAAUUUGGAAAUGCAUUAGGGUUGUACUAAUUGUGUUCUUACAGAUACACUGACGUGUGUUUAUUUCAAAGCUGGGAUUUAGGGCAAGCCACUCAUAUCAAGGCUGCAUUUGGUCUGAAUUACUUUAAUGAUGACACCAGACUAACUGAUAAAAACACAAGUGUUAAAAAGUCUCUGCUCUUAUGUAUUUUGGCCUUAGUUUAUAACUCUGCACAUCUCAUUAUAUAAUAAAGAAAAAAUUCCAGAUCCACCCACGUACUCCAUCUUGAUCACAAUGAACAUCAAUACUGCCUGACAGGUGUCCUUUAAUGACACAUAUAUUACAAAUGUGUAUGUUUUUCUCUCCAUAAGUAAUUAUCCGAGUGUAUAAUGUAGACAAACACGUCUCUGUGUACAUGUGCAGACAUGUCCCCAUGCACUUUAUUUGAUAUUUAUAUAUUUAUAUGGAGGAGAAGAGUCAUUAAUGAGAACACCAGGGUGUACGCAUGUUUGUAUCCUGUCGAUGUCAAUGUGAAUUCACGUCCUAAUGUUUCUAUGACCUUCCACUGCGGGUUCAAAUGUAACAAGUGUCAGUUCUUUAAAUAAACUGGAAGUUGACCUAAGUUUCUCGGAAGACUGUAGCACAAUUCUAUGGGGGUUGUGAACACAAUGUUCCUUAUGUAUAGUUGAUCGGUUUUAAAUAAAAUGGUCAUCUUCGGGCCUGACUUUUAGAUCCAUCCCUCACCCCACUGAAGCACCACCCUUGAAUGAUUUAUGGAUCUGUAAUUAGAGAGCUCAGUCCUAGUCAAUACUGUUAAGAUGGAGUAACCAACCUGACUCUACUAAGUUAAAUAGGAGAUUCCUCUAUAUUUAAAGAAAGAAAAAUGCCAUAAUGAGGAAAAGCUGGUUCAAGCAUACUUAAUCUCUGGUCUACAGCGCCAUCUCCUGGUCACUUUGUACAGUGAUACUGGAGCCAACAUGGAAUGAAGUUGCUAUAGCGCCUUUGGCAAAGGGUGCUUCUCCCAUCUGUGCAUCCGUGAAGCAUAUUUAUUAAGCGUUAAAUUAUUCUGUGCCACAUGUAACAAAAAGUCAAGAUUAUUUUAUGUAAUGAUUUUA